AUGGAGGAGGCCGAGCUUCCUGGCAGGGUUGAAGUAGACGGUCCGAGUCUCUGCCCUGUACAGAAGUGUCGUCAGGAAGACGAGUUUGUGUAUCUUCCGUUCGGCAUUCAGUUGGAGGUCGUGGCAAUCCCAUACGGAGUCCUGCAGCCGGUCGAAGGCUUGGUUGGCAUUGGAGAUCCUGUGGGCCAUUUCGUCGUCGAUUCUGAUGCAGCGAGACAUAGUGCUGUCGCGGUGGUGGAAGUUGUCCACGGUCUUGAGUCCGGAGACGUUGGCGCAGGUGUAUUCAGCGGUCCAUGGCUAUUGAUAAAUGAUCACCUUCCUGUCUUUAUUGGUGGUCAGUCCGAAGUGGGCGCAGCCGGAGGCGAAGAGAUCCAUGCUCCAUUUCAUCUCCUCCUCGAUAGCGCUGUUGAGCGUGCAGUCGUCAGCUAA